AUGAGAGAAACAGAAAGCCAGCUUCCAACGAACAAGACCACUGGGUAUGACACGGUCUACGCAGUAGACUUCUAUCAUUCUAUAACUCAGAUCCCUGGGUUGCUACAGGACGCAUUCAUCUAUCUCGGUGCCUAUCAGCAAGCAUUACAGUUACGUAUAAGCCAGCCUACCCAGGAGAGUCCCUUCGUGAUACUAGAUGUUUGUACGGGAACUGGGCGAGUCAUCCGGGACCUGGUCGCCCACCUGUCGCAACGAGGGGAUGCCCUCGACGCAACCAAGUUCCUGGGGUUGGACAUAUCACAGCUGAUGCUGGAUCAGGCAGCCAAGCUUCCAUUAGCAUCUCCCACUGCCGAUGUGACUUGGAUCCAGGGCUCUGCCUUGGACCUAAGCGGAGUUCCAGCUUUCUGUGAUGGCUCGCUGAAGGUUGAUCUUCUUAUUAUCGCCUUCAGUUCAAUUAGCCACUUCAUCGAACCGGGUCAAGGAGCCCAAUUUCUGCAGGAGGUUGCUCGGGUGCUCAAACCAAGGACCGGUAGAGCAUAUGUCUCUAUGCGGGACAUCACGUCAACUGUUCAUUCCGAUCCGGCAACUAGUGGAGGCGAAGUCCAACGUCAGGAACUGCCUAGCUCUGUUUUGCCGGGCAUCAGCUAUUGUCAAAUCGGCAACCAGGUUCAAGUCAGUGACAAUGUGGUUUAUGUGAUUAGCGAUGUCGAGGUAUUGAAUGGUGACGGGAAUAUCAUCGGGACCGAAUUGGCCACUACGGCAUUUCGCAUCUGGAAGGAAAACGAACUCCAGACCGUCGCUUCCAACGUGGGUUUGAACCUCUUGGAGAUUGUAGAGGAAGGGGGAGAGAGCUUUUACGUGUUGCAACUUCCCUGA